UUAAAGAAGAUAGAGUCUGUGUAUUUUAUGUUUUAACAUGUUAGCGUAUUUUUAUUUUUAUCGAUUUUUCAUCCAUUUAAAACAUUUUUCCCUCCGAAUCAAAGACUUUUAAUCAAGUUGAGAGAACGUUUCUUUUAUGUAUAUUAUAAUACUAUAAUGUUAUAUAUACAUUUUAAAAAUGUAAUAAAUUUAUUCUGUAAAAUAUUGACUAUAGUGGAUAGUAUUCCUAAAUAAUUCCAAUUCUCUGUCAGAUACAGCAGUCAGCCCUGACUUGCGCCAAGGCCAUACUCAUAUGACCAUACUGCUAUGUCAAGUGACCAGCGGUUAUCCACCUAACACGUGUUAUGCAAUGAUGAACGAUAUUUUAUCAUACAUAUAAAAUUACAUGAAAGGAGACACGAAAAUGUCUUGGUUAUUUGGUUUAAACAGGCAAACACCUACCUCAAACAACCCACCACCGUACCCUCCUGCUUCUGGUGGAAAUGAUCAAGGAAAUAACUCUGGUGGCAACUCUGACAGCGAUGGCGCUGGAGUGGAUGACGGUAAAGGGGGAAAGUCACCUGUGUGGGCUAACUUUGAUCCCACAGGUCUUGAACGUGCAGCACAAGCAGCAAGAGAGUUAGAUAGGUCCAAACAUUCUAAAGAUGCCCUGGAUUUGGCCCAAGUUCAAGAGACAACCAAACAAUUAGAAAAACAGGAAAAAAUAAAGGAAUAUGAAUUGGGAAUCAAGCAAAUAGACAUUGAAAGGAUGCGAGCAGAGCAAGAAGAAAGGAGAAAAACCUUGGCAGAAGAAGCAAAACACCAUCAACAAAAAGCACAAUAUCAAGAUCAACUUGCAAGAAAACGUUAUGAAGAUCAGCUAUUGCAACAGCGUAGUGUUAACGAUGAAAACUUAAAGAGGCAGGAAGAAUCUGUGAAGAAACAAGAAGCUUUGCGGAAAAAAACCAUUGAAUAUGAAGCUCAACUGAAACAUGAGAAUGAUAUGAAACGUCUUCAAGCAGAAUUGAAAGGAAAAGCUAAAAUUGAACGUGAAAAUCGAGACAUUCGUUUGGAGCAAAUAAAAGUUGAAGCUUCAGAACGAAGGCAGACAGUACUGGAGUCAAUAAAGACGGCAGGAAGCGUUUUGGGAACUGGUAUCAAUACAUUUAUUUCUGAUUGGGAUCGAGUUACUAGCGCAGCAGCCGGAAUUACUUUGUUUGCGUUGGGUAUAUAUGCUGCUAGACAAGCAACUGGUGUCGUUGGGAGAUAUAUUGAAGCAAGAUUAGGCAAACCUUCAUUAAUUCGCGAAACUUCAAGAUUAACCGUCGUUGGUGCCGUUCGACAUCCAAUAAUGAUGGUAAAAAGAUGGCUUACGAGACCACAAGACACUAUGCAAGGAAUAAUACUACAGUCAUCAUUGGAAAAGAGACUUCAAGAAAUUUCUCGUGCUACAGCGAAUACAAAACGUAAUGGAGGAGUUUAUCGUAAUCUAUUGUUUUAUGGUCCUCCUGGUACCGGAAAGACAAUGUUUGCUAAGAGUUUGGCAAAGCAUUCUGGUAUGGAUUAUGCUAUCAUGACGGGGUGAUAUUGCUCCAAUGGGAAGGAAGGCGUAACGGCAAUACAUAAAGUAUUUGAUUGGUCAUCGAGCAGCAGUAAAGGUGUCUCUUUUGUCGAUGAAGCUGAUGCAUUAAGAAAACGUAGUACGGAAAGUAUCAGUGAAGAUAUGAGAAGUACUCUGAACGCAUUUUUAUACAGAACUGGUGAAGCAUCCAGAAGAUUCAUGCUGGUGCUUGCUAGUAACCAACCAGAUCAGUUUGACUGGGCCAUUAAUGAUCGCUUGGAUGAAAUGGUCAAAUUUACUCUUCCGUCUACAGACGAACGUGAACGAUUGGUGCGAAAAUAUUUUGAGGAAUAUGUUUUAAAUUGUGCCACAAGUGGACGGAAAUCUCGGCGACUUAAAAUUGACAACUUUGAUUUCAACUCUAUAUGUCGAUCGAUUGCUGAAAGAACAGCAGGGCUGUCGGGUCGAGAGAUAGCAAAACUGGCUGUUUCCUGGCAGGCCAGUGCUUUUGGCUCUAAAGAUGGUGUAUUAACAGAAGCCAUGAUGGAAGAGCGUCUACAGGAAUCUAUAGCACAACAUGGACAAAAAGUUGAUUGGCAAAAAGGAGACGUUAUUUCGCUUACGAACCUCAUGAUAAAGGGUUCAAAACCUGUUCCAUAAUUGUUUACCAUUGACAUUGAGAAUGGAGAGAGAAGUAUUCGAUAAUAUGACUGGCACAAUAUUGUGUAACUGUUCACCAAUUGUGCUAACCAAAUAGUGAAUGCAAUGAUAGAGAAAAUUUGUCUGUUAUGUUGUCUAAUUAAAUCAAUAUUCUUUCCA